AUGAGUGCUCCGGCUACCGACGACAAGACGGCGCCACGCCGGCCCUCGGCUGAGCGCACGGCCACAGCUGCCACUGAGACGCCCAGCGUCUAUGCCACACCGGGUGCCACCACCACGCUCGGUGCAAACACCACUUCCGGUGCCGGCCUCGCCAACACGGCAGACAAUAUUACUCCCGCCCAGGGAAACCAACAGCACGCCACUGCGCCCGUGUAUAACGACGAAAAGGCCUCUCUCUCCUCGCGCCGCGACAGUAACCCCAAGGCCGCUCCUCAUUACAUGGAUGCCGAAAAGGGCUCCAGCGACACCGUCACUGCGAACCCGAACCAGCAAGAUGAGAAACCCAGCAAGAUCAAGCUGUUUUACCGUCGCCACCGUACCGUCAUCAAGCUUGUCAUUGAGGCUCUGGUUUUCGUCUUCUUCACCGUAUGGUUCAUCUACGGCAUCGUCGCCCACAAUGGUGUCCGCCGCUCCGACAACUAUGGUUGGCUGAAGCCCAUGCUGUUCUACAUCGCCAUUGUUCUCCGCAUCUUCUUCAACCACGCACCGACGUCGGUUGUAAUGACUCCACUUAGCAUCGUCUGGAACAACACCGUUGUUCGCCUGUACGACAUCAUCCCGAAGAAGCUGCACCAGCCCCUGGCAGGACUCGGAACCUUGGGCGUCUUCCUGGUCGGCAGCAUGGUUUCACCCGAAGAGGCAGAGAACACCCGCGCUAGCCGUGCCAUCUCCAUCUUUGGUCUCUUGGUCAUGAUUGCUUUUCUGACGAUCACGUCCCGCAACUGGAGGGCCAUUCCCUGGCACACGGUCAUCGGUGGCAUGUUGACCCAGUUCAUAAUUGCAGUCUUUGUGCUCCGGUCACAAGCUGGAUUCGACAUUUUCGAGUUCAUCUCGUUCCUCGCCCGUUCUCUGCUCGGCUUCGCCAACGCUGGAGUCACGUUCUUGACCGACGACACCGUUCCCAAGAAGACGUGGUUCUUGACCAAUGUCAUUCCUGCCAUCAUCUUCUUCGUGGCUUUGGUUCAGCUGCUCUUCUACUUCGGACUCAUCCAGUGGUUCAUUGGCAAGUUCGCCAAGUUCUUCUUCUGGAGCUUGCGCGUGUCUGGCGCCGAGGCCGUUGUCGCCUCUGCCACUCCCUUCAUUGGUCAGGGUGAAUCUGCCAUGUUGGUGAAGCCAUUCGUGCCCUACAUGACCAAGGCCGAGCUGCACCAGGUCAUGACGUGUGGUUUCGCCACCAUUGCCGGUUCCGUGCUCGUCGCCUACAUUGGUCUCGGUCUCAACCGUCAGGCUCUGGUGUCCUCGUGCAUCAUGAGUAUCCCCGCUUCACUCGCAGUCUCCAAGAUGCGCUACCCCGAGACAGAGGAGACGCUCACUGCCGGCGACGCUGUUGUCCCCAAGGAGGAGUCGCCUGCUUCCAACGCCCUGGAGGCUUUCGCCAACGGUGCUUGGCUCGGUCUGAAGAUUGCCGGCAUGAUCAUCGCCACGCUGCUUUGUAUCAUUGCCUUUGUUGCCAUGAUUGACGGUAUUCUUGGCUGGAUCGGUGUCUACUUUGACAUUGGAUACUUUGGAGGACAGAAGCUUUCCAUCAACCUGAUUCUUGGCUACAUUUUCUUCCCUAUCGCUUGGCUGCUGGGUGUUCCCGGACAAGACUGCCUGCGUGUCGCCAGGCUGAUUGGCAUCAAGAUCAUCCAAAAUGAGUUUGUUGCUUUCUUGGCUCUGGUAGACAAGACCAGCGAGUACGCCAGCAUGUCUGAGCGGUCCAAGCUUAUUGCCACCUACGCCAUCUGUGGUUUUGGAAACGUCGGAUCUCUGGGCACCCAAAUCGGUGUGCUCUCGCAACUUGCCCCGUCGCGUACUGCCGAUGUAUCUUCGGUCGCGCUCUCGGCUCUCAUGGCCGGCAUCCUUUCGACCCUGACCUCGGCCUCUGUGGCUGGCAUGUUGUACACCGAGUCCAUGGGCAAGGCCCUCGAGGCGGCGGCCACCGCCUAG